CUCUGCACUUGAACGACUCUGCCAUGUGAAAGCUCAGCAGUUUCCAUCUUUAGUGCUGAUUCACCCUAAAUAAUAAUUCAUCCUUUUUGAGUUUCUCUAUUGCUCUACCGACUGAAACACACUCCACCACCAUUUCCACUUAAAAACCCCUCACUCUCUACCAUCAUUUCAAUAUGAUAAAACAUUCUAAAUAUUUUUUGGGAUCUUUUCCCCCUUUUGCUUUGAUCUUUUACUCCUAAAGAUGGUGGGGUAUAUGGCUAAAGCAUUUUCUUAGUGGUUUUUGGGUGCCUUUUUCUUUUUCUUUUUUUUUUUUUUUUGCUGGGAAUUUUAAUUUGAGGGUGUGGAAAGGAAGAGUGAUCUAAUCUAGUUAUCCCCUUUAGCCGGACCCCUCUAUUGAAUCUGUCGUCUUGUGGUUGAAGUCGGAACCUUUUUUGCGUUUACUUUAACUAAUGCACACCAACUGUUUGUGAUUUGUUCUCAUCCAAAAUUUCUCUCUGUUUUGCUUCUUGUCAUAUUUAUAUAUAUGACUUUUGAGAAGAUGGUUUGAAGCAUAACAAAAACUUAUUUCUCUUUCAAGCUCAAUUUAUACCCUUUUCUUAGAAGAAAAAAUGGUCAGAUGUCCUGAGCUUCUUGACUUGAUCUCCAGGGACAGGGAAUGGGACUUGACUAGAAACGGUGUUGGAAGUUCUGUUAGUGAGAACAAUAAACUUGAACUGAGACUUGGAUUGCCAGGAGAAGUGGGGCUUGCAGAGGGAAGUAGCUGCUUGAAUAGUAACCAUGAAAAUGGUGAAUUCCCUCUCUCUUCGGCUAAACCAUUUCCUUCUUGUUUGAACAUUAGAAGCAACAAAAGGGCCCUUUAUGAGAAAGCUGAAGGAAUAACCGGAGAUGGAAAUUGGUUGGAUAGAAAUGAUGAAUUCCAACCCCACAAGCUGAUUUUCUAUGAGAAAACAGCUGAGAAGGUGUCUCCUCCCACUCCCUGUCUUAGUGCUUCCUUACCAUCUUCAGCUUUUCAGAGGGAAGCUCAGAAGUUAUCUCAACCAGCACAAUCUUCAUAUUUGAAACAGUUUUUUAUGCCUCAGAAAUUGGACUUGGUGUCAGAGGAGCCAUUAAAGCCAUGCAGUUUGAAAACAGCUGAGUUGAAAUCAUGUCUCAACAGUGGUUCAGUUCCUGCAGAAUCAUCUGAACCUAAACACCAUGACAAAAGGGCUUCAGUUGCAGCAGCCGUUGGUUGGCCCCCCAUCCGUUCUUUCAGGAAGAACUUUGCUGCUCCCCGCUCUUCAAAGCCUAACUCUCUGGAGUUGUCAAAAGAAACUGUGCAGGAUGAGAAUGGCUCAAAAUUAUCUGACUGUUCCAAGGGACAAAUGUUUGUGAAAGUUUGUAUGGAUGGGGUUCCCAUUGGAAGAAAACUGAAUCUCCAAGCCUAUAAUAGUUAUGAUCAACUGUCUGCUGGCAUAGACGAACUCUUCCACUGUCUUCUUGCAGCACAGAGAAACUACCUAGCAACUGAAGAUGGGAGAAAGAUGGAGGAAACAACUUCAGUAUCUGAUUCCAAACACAAAAAUGGGCUGUACACUCUAGUUUACUAUGAUAAUGAAGGGGACAGGAUGCUUGUUGGUGAUGUCCCAUGGAACAUGUUUGUUUCCACUGUGAAGAGGCUACGUGUAUUGAAGAGCUCUGUUGUUGCCACUGAAAUGAAGUGAAGCUCCUUUCAAAAUUCAAUCACAAACAUCUGAAAGGUACAGGAAACGUUCUUGUCAAAGUCUUUCAAGUCUUGGCUGAGAAUAACAGCAAUUUUGAGUAGCAACGGCAACAGUUAGGAUUUUCACAUGUAGAUUUUUCAUUUUCCUACACUUUUAGAGAUGUUGGCAGUGUUAUGAAGCUGCAAGUUGUAAGCGCAGCCUUGGGUUUCAAGGUUGAGGCUACUGCUGUUGUGUGUAUAUAAUUGUAUUCUGUUUCUUCAGAAAUAUAUGAGUUUUGAUUUUGAAUUCUUGGGAAUUUACUGCAUCCUAUAAGUUUUGAUUAUAAA